AUGCCAUCCCUCUACGAGAAGGUGGUUUCAGUGAUUGAGAAGGACCCGGAUAAUAGGACAGAUUUUGACUGUCAGGAACUCAUUGGAUGGUUCCGAAAUAAGUCACCACUCUUCCUGUCUCUGAAACAAGAUAUCCUCAAGGACGUCAUCCGUCAUUGUGUGUUCGAGAAGAAAGAGCAGGAUGACGUCAUCAUUAAGCAAGGAGAGAACGGAGAUAGAUUAUACAUCAUUCUGAAGGGAAAGGUAUCUAUUUACGUCUACCACGACAAGGAAACCGAACAGGAGAUACGUCAACAUGUAGAGAGAGUUUGUUCAAAGGUCAAACUGGAAAGGUCAGCGCUCGGACAACACGUGUGGACAUCUGGGGACGGACAGACAGUCGGGGAGAUAGCACUUAUAAAGGAAGACUGUAUACGGACGGCUAGUGUGGUAGUGGACACAAAUUCAGAACUUCUAGUCAUUGACCGAGCGCUCUACAACCGGUCAGUCCGAGACGUGUUGGAGAAGGAGUUCCGAGAGAAGACAGAAUUUGUAGAAAGCAACCCACUGUUUGAACAAUGGACGUCCCGACAGAGAAAAGCAAUGGCGAUAUCAUUGAAGAGCGACACUUUCCAGUACGGUUGUCGGCUUACAAAGCAGAGACAGGAAGUGGACAAUGUUUACUUUAUAAGGAGUGGAGAGGCGGAAGUGAUCGUUGAUCAGGGAAGUCAUAGAAAUCAAUAUCCAGAACUAUGGGCGGAGAUGGAGCGACUAUUACCGGAACUGCUUCCACCAAACUACGGAAUGAACUACUCACCCUACGAAACGUUGAAGAGAAAACGAAUCGCGCACAGGCAGUAUCCCAUGUGUCUCCUUGGAGCCAAUGAAAUUGUCGGAGCUUUGGAGCUAGUCAUUGGACUUCCUACGUUUAUAGAGACAUGUACAGUGACGAGAAGUUCCGAAAUACUUGUUCUCAGUAAAGCUAACUACCAACGCUUAUUCCAUCGCCGUUCAGCAGCUCGAGCUGUUGACAUGUUGAAAGACACAUUGUGUAUGAGACUAUUUUUGUACAUUCACCGAUCACAGCUCUCGGAUGCGUACGCACCUUUUCUGAAAUAUCUCACAAUCAAACUUCGUGAUACAGAGUCACUAAAACUCUUGAAAUCGAAGCACAAACGACGCACAGGAAACGGUGACAAAGAAUUUCUGUAUUAUGGAUUUUAUGAGUACUCACGGCUCGAAAAACAUGACCAGGGCCUUGUUAAAUUAAUGAAAGUGCUAGAUAUACAUUAUAUGGGCCUUGACAGCUUCCUUCCUGAGUUGGAGACUAGUACCCGGGUAUUGAUGGAACUCGAGAAACAAAUGAAGGAUUGGAAACAUCGCAGUCGGGGAGGGGGAGGACAAACAGAGGGGAGUUCAAAAGAGACACGGUCUACACGAAGGGCACAGACUGCCAAAAACGGCACACGACAGAAAAAGAAAUAUGUUGUAGAGGCACUGAAUGAACCUCCGAAACUGGAAGCCUUUCUGCGCUCUAAGACUACUCUAUGACGAACAGAGGAUGCCGGGAUCUAGUUUGUGAAGACAAAUUAGACAACAGGUUUUACUGAUUACAAUAAAAUGUGGCUGUCCUUUAAUUUGUAGGUCUCAAAAGGAAACACUUUAGUACAUUGACUACAACACAGUGAGUUUUGUUGUAUUCUUAAAUAACAACGAACAUGUUAAAAUGUAGAAAUACGACAUGGUUUAAAUAAAUAAAAGCAAUGUGUUUGAAUGGAAAGUGCUACAACAUCGAAGUUAAACGAUAACACUGAUUUGUAUGUAUUUACAGUAUACAAAUACAAUAGGUUAACAUGUGAUUUAUUUACAGUAUACAAAUACAAUAGGUUAACAUGUGAUUUCUUUACAACUUGAAGGAAAUAACUACGAUUUUGUUUAAACAUCACAAUAAAGUCAAUAAAACGGAAAGUAUUUCUAGUACUCAAAAUAGGUUUGUUUAGCUACGUUCUUGAUUUAAGCCUAUAUCAGCGUCAACCUGCAGUAGUAGCUAACUAUAUGGUGUGCAGUAACACAUUUGUAGUGAUGUCCUAGGUCUUUAAUACAGCUUGGGAGAAUAGCCUCAAGUAAGGCAAAGUUUCGCUACCAUCAUAACGAUUAUGAGGAUGCUAUCGAGUGUUUUGUUUCUGGUUUAACAUCCUUGUAAGAACUAAGGUAAUAAAGAGACGGGAAGAUAUGGAGACACCGAUGAAAAAAAGAGUGGGGAAGUGGAGGAGAGACUUAUAUCCCAAGUGUUGCAGUAGGGACAUCUGAUCACAGUAUGGAUAUCAUAUCACAAUAGUGUCAUUAGAUCACCAUAGGGACAACAUCUCACAAUAGGGACAUCAGAUCACAAUAGGGACAUCAUAUCACAAUAGUGUCAUCAGAUCACAAUAUGGACAACAAUUCACAAUAGGGACAUCAGAUCACAAUAGGGACAUCAUAUCACAAUAGGGACAUCAUAUUAUAAUAGUGCCAUCAGAUCACAAUAGGGACAUCAGAUCACAAUAGGGACAUCAGAUCACAAUAGGGACAUCAUAUCACAAUAGUGCCAUCAGAUCACAAUAGGGAAAGCAAUUCACAAUAGGGACAUCAGAUCACAAUAGAGACAACAUAUCACAAUAGGAACAUCAGAUCACAAAAGGGACAUCAAUUCUCAAUAGGGACAUCAGAUCACAAUAGGGACAUCAAUUCUCAAUAGGUACAUCAGAUCACAAUAGGGACAUCUGAUCACAAUAGGGACAUCAGAUCACAAUAGGGACUACCAACUACCUUACAAUGCACACAUGUUUAACCUUACAUUAUAUCUAGUGCAGUAACAUUGCUUUCUAUGGUUGUAUCUCUGUAUCAACGAGAUACAAUUUUAAAACUUCGUAUUUGUUGUAAUUAUUGGUUUCAGAAAGAGCUCUAAGUGACAUUAAAAUUUUAAUAAAAACAGUUUACGUUUCUUGUACCUGCAGUUCGACUUAUUGAGCUAAUAUUAACUUAAUUUAAAGUUAAUUGAACAAAAUAGUGGUUUCUCAAUGCGUGAUGGUUGGUUUUAGUGUUUAUAAGGUUUACCGAGUGUCGCUUACAAUCUGAAAAUUAACUUAGCAUUUCCGGGAUUUUUUCUUUCUCAUAACGUUCGGAUAUUUCUACAAAAUCAUAUGUUUUUCAUGAGAAUGCAUUGCUCCUUUGUGCGAUCGGGGAAAUAAUUGCUAUGAAUUUUGACGUCAUAAAUGAUGUCGGAAUGCAUUGUUACUUGACAUCAGAGAUAGACCUAAACAAAUCAAAUUAUAUCAGGUUUAUCCAAUAAGUUGGGAGUUAGAAAAAUUGUAAUGAUAUUUGGAGAAAUAAAGCAAUUGA